AUGGAUGGACAUUACAAGACGUACCUCCAGGAGGCACCAGCAGGGCAGCCAUUUGGAUUGGGGUGCAUCUUGUGCGCUGCCUAUGCAGACUUUAAAGGAGUGGCCAACAAGACUCCCUUCCAGAACUACAGCAAAGGCCGUGAGGGCAAGCUGCAACUGGAGGAUGUGUUGCGGCACGGCAACCAGAGCAAACGAACCUCCUACCACUGUGGUUUCCAUCAGUCGGCAUUGCACUGGCGGCUGAAGUCCUCCAUACCACCGAAGGCCCAGGAUGAUUCUCAGGAAGACGCCCCAGUGACUGCUGUGCAAUGCUUGCUUUCUCUAGAGACUCUCUGGAGCAGUCUUGGGGGACAGUGCCGGGAGUACCAGCGCCGGUGCGAGGCGCACCGCAGGAGUGACCCGUUGAACGUUCCCUUGGCCAGAAGCGACAAGGGCACCCACACCAAAAUCUUGGAUGCCUAUGCCUCCGUCCUUUUUGACCUGGACCGCAAGGCCAUGAAGAAGGAGGUGCUCUGCAUUGGUCUGGCUGAGGAUGUUCGAGGUGGCGUGGAGUUCCUUCGUGCCCGUGUUGUCACGAAGGACAUGUCCUUUCGAUGCUUUGUUUUGGAUCUCCACAACAUCGACGGAAGCAAGGCCUCCUUGGACAAGGCUCGCCAAAUCUGGUCUGCCUUGGAGAAGUUUGCUGCUGGUGAUAGAAAGAUCUUGGAAGAUUUGGAGCAUCGCGUCAAGGUCUUCACUGCCGACGGAGAGAGCGCAGAGCCCUUGGCGGCUAGGUUCUGCAAGGAGCUGGGCCACUUGAAGGGCUUGAGAUCGGUGCUGCGAUGCCGACUGCAUCUUGGGCAGGGCUCUCUAGAGAAGGCCAUAGCUGCGGAUCCGUCCUGCCAAGAGAUGGUGCAGGCUUUGAUAACGGCUUAUUCACCUGCAAGCGACGACAACAGUCUUGGGUCGCUUGCCCGUGGCUUCCACAAUUCCUCGAAGCUCAAGCACUUGUUUCGUGAGAACGUAGUCCGGGCCUUCGAAUCCUUGGACGGCAAGCUCAAGUCCGUUAUUUCCUUUAGGUAUGCUGCCCAGCGUUUCGAUUCAGUGUUGGACAUCGCGCAGCUUGUUGUCCUCCACGUUCGCCCGAUUGUGACAGCCCUCCUCCAGUUUAGGAUCAUGGACCCCAAGAAGAAUAAAUGGGUCGAGCACCUUUUGAGCUUCUUCACAGGACCAAAGCUCCUGCUUUUGGCACUUCUUGCCGAAUUUGCAGCCUCUGCAAGUCGCUACCAUCACAAAUACGACAAUCUUGGGGCACAGCCGGGCCUAGUGACGAGGUCUGCUUUCUGGUUGCAGAACCUCACUGAGGAGAUGCACAGGCUGUUUUUCUUCACACAUGGUGAGCCUCUUGUUCUCUCGGAUCACUACACAGCAGGCUAUGUGUCGAUUAUGCGGUCCAGCUACGAUCUUCUUGUCGACGAGAGUGUUAUAAGUGGGGAGCGAUUGGUUUUCUACAGGCCUGGCCUCCGAUCGGAGGCAAACUUGCGCAAGCGCCUUGCAAAGGAACUGGGAUCGAUCCAGAACAUCGUCACCCUCUACCUAUCAUCACUGGCGCCUGGCGACGUGAGCGUCGCGGCGUCUCUGAAGCCCUUCGACGUUGAUUUCUGGCAGGAGAAUUUCAAUGACGAUGCCUUGCCGGCCAGAAGCUUGGCCAACCAGUAUCUGACUUGCCGGCCCACAGUGCUUCAGCUGCGAAGGAAUGGGGUCACCGACAAUAAUGCUUGGCUGCAAGCGGCGGCUCAUUGGUCGGACAAACUGCCGUUGCUGCGAGAGGCAGUCGCGUUUAUGGCAUGCACCUUUGCCUCUACGGCAGAGAUAGAACAGCAAUUUUCUCUGCUGGAGCUGCUGUCCAACGGCCGCAAGGCCAGGCGGAAACAAAUCAAGGCUUCAGAAAAUGUGGAGGCCAGCAGCAAGCAUCUUUCGAUGGCCGGUUUGAAGCGGCAGAGGCGAGCUCAGCUGGAAGUCUUGCAGCCCACGGCUGCUGUUGCAGAUUUGGGAGAGCUCUCAGCAGCUGCUGCUCAGAGUGCCGCUGACCGGCAGGGAGAGAAACAUGAGAAGCUGGCCCGUACAUUGCAGACAGCCGCUGCAUCGAAGAAGCGGCAGUUCCAAGAGGACGUGCUUCCGUUUGGGAUUCGAACACAGACAUCCAAGAAGCUGAAGGAGCAUCAGAAGAGAGAGCAAGAGAGAGAUGCCAAGGUGGAAGUGGAGCGCCUGCAGUUGGGCAAGCUGCCAGGUCAGGCAAAUCUGGAUCCCAACAGCGUUUGUGCUGUGGCAUGUACAGCAGAGGAUGCUCCGGCCCUGGCAGCCCUGCGGCUGAAGGUAGAGGUCUGGGAGAACAGUGUGGAGCAGUUUCGGCGUUUCCGUGGAGUCAUGCUGCUUUGGUACGCCGCCAGUGAUGAGCUUGAGCUUGGGAUGACACUGGGGCCGAAGCAGAAUCGGCAGAUGACUUCAGUUUUGUUGGCCACCAGGCUCUUAGGGGGCUUUAUCGGCACAGCGCAUUGGUUGGAUGUCUGCAACUCCGAGGGGCGACUGAUACGGCCAGCGUUGCAGCUGCAGUGUUCUCUGAGCAUUGCAACUGAGAUUUGUUUCCAUAAGUCUUUAAAGGCCGAUCUGGAUCUGGAAUGUUCGAGCGCUAUCGCCAGAUGCGUUGAGGGUGCCACUCUGGCCCGGAAGCCAGCUGCCUGGCAACUGCGUAGCAAGUGGAAGGAUGUGCAGAAGGAUGCAUGCUUGGUUCUCAUUGGUGACGAAGUCGCCAGCAAGCCAGAGUGCUUGAAAAAGCUCGCGGCAAAAGCCCAGAAAGAACAGAAGAAAGGUAUCACCUCCAGUACGUUGCACCUUUUCCACCACUGCACCCACUGGAUUGAACCCUAG